AUGUCCAGAGAUGGGUGGUCUCAGCAGUCUGCAAAGAGAGCGGAGUUUUCCAGGUCAGAAGAGGCUGACUUCCAAAUCUCACUGCUUUUCAUAUCAGUCGGGGGCUGCAGCCUACCAGCCAUGGCACCUAGACUGAAUGUCCUGGAUCCAUCACUUCUUGCUGUGCCAGUCACACAGCCUGCUGCUGCUGCUGCUGCUAAGUCGCGUCAGUUGUGUCCAACUCUGUGCAGCCCCAUAGACGGCAGCCCACCAGGCUCCCCCGUUCCUAGGACUCUCCAGGCAAAAACACUGGAGCGGGUUGCCAUUUCCUUCUCCAAUGAAUGA